AUGAACCGUAUGCCCACGAAAGAAGAGGUUCAAAAGAUAGUGCAACGGUGGCAUCAAUUGCGAGAGCAGUAUGGUGACCAAGUUGUUAAUGUCCCCGAGUUUGCUCAGUUGAACAAGACGAUUAAUAACAUCAAAAUGCAACAACAGCAAUUACAACAACAUUUACAACAACAAAGGAACAUACAGAGACCACAGAUGCCCCAGCAAAGCCAACACCAACCACAACAACAACAGCAGCAGCAACAGCAACAGCAACAGCAGCAACAGCAGCAACAACCGCAACCACAACCACAACCACAACCACGCCCCCCAUUGCAGUCUCAACUACAACAGCCACAACACCAAGGAUCGCCAGCAGUUCUGCAUCCUAUUCCGCCAACCCCCAACCAGCCAUUUACAAAUACAGCAAGUGUGAAUAAUCACGCAGAUCAAUUUGGUAACCUGGUUGCUUCUCCAGCCGGCAACAUACAACUGUCGACAGCUGGAACCCCCUUUUCACAAGAUGCGAAUUUGUUAGGCGGACAAGCCAACAAUAAUCGCUAUACACCACAGUUUGGAAACAGAGCAAUGCAAAACGGCAACGAUUCACACCAGAAGGUCAAUCAAUCCACCAGUAGCAAUUGGCCUAUUAACUCUCCUGCACAGCUGGUUUCUACCUCCGAGUCUGCAUUCACACACCAACAGUUUCAGUUGUUAAAAUCACAAAUGCAGGCAAUAAAAUACUUGACUAAAUCACCAAACCAAGGGCCCAUGCCACAAAACUUGAUCAGUUUUGUCACUAACCCGACAUCUUCUUAUCCCACCGAUCCUUACAUAUCGGUGCCUGGAAAUAAUAACAGUACCCUAAAUCCAAACUUUUCCCAAAGUGCAACAUCCAUGCCAAAUAAUUUCAACAAUAAUACUGAUGUGCAAACUCCAAACGAACCGGCGGAAAAGAAAAAGGGAAAGAGAGGUCCAAAACCAAAGAAUAAAGAUCAACCAAAGAAGAUGACAAAGAAGCAGAUGAGAGAAGAGGAGCAAAGGAUCGCAGCAGAGAAGCAUAGAGAAGAACUUGAGAAGCAAAAUAGAAUCAAACAGGAACAAGUUCAAGUACAACAGCCGCAACCACAAAUUCAACCACAAAUUCAACCACAAGUGCAACCACUACCCCACUCACAAGCACCACCACAAGCACCACCACAUGCACCACUACAACCACAAACAGGACUUCAUUCGUUGUCCCAGCAAAAUCAAUUUUCAUUUGCAGAUCCUUCACCCCCAGUAUUGUUGAGCAAGGUGGUCAAUGACAAGAAUAAGGAUUCAAAAAUUGUUGUGCCAGUGACCAAACCGACGAUUGAGGUCGAUACAUUUGAAAAAGCGGACAUGGUUGAUGAUCACACCCAUGAUGUACCAUUAACUUUCCUCUACACGCCACAAAGCAGAAUUCAUAUUCCAUCUUUGAUGCCCAAGGCCUUAAGUUUGGAGCAAAUCGCAGCUAAUCGCGAAUUGUUCUUGAUACUCAGCAUCGAAAAUGAAAAAGAUUUAUUACGAUCCGAGAUUCAGUCCUUAGGUAAGGAGGACCAUAAGAGGAGAGAAUUGUUGGUGACACGACUCAACCAGUUGGAGAUCAUACCAAUUCAAAAACAAGUACGAGGUAAAUUGCUCAGUCAGGUAUGGUUCAGUAAGUCUUUGCUUCCUAAUUCUCAUCCGAAUUUUUUGGCAAGAUUCAACACGUUAUCGAUGGAAAGUGUUGCUGUCACAAUUGAUUUAUAUCGCCACCAAUUGGAGUCCCUAAUGAGGGAACAAAAUCGAAAACACUCCCGUGUUUUAGACCAAGUCAUUGACUUUAGCACUAGAAAUUCCGCCAGGACCAAUAAAAAAUCAGACAAGGUCAAUAGAUUUGUAAACAAAAUUGCUAGUUUCCAUAACCUGACUGCCAAGGAAGAACAGAAAAAGCUUGAAAAGAUGGCCAAGCAACGUUUGCAGGCAUUGAAGCUGAAUGACGAAGAGGCAUAUUUGAAGCUUUUGGACCACACCAAGGAUACAAGGAUUACCCACUUGUUGAGACAGACGAACCAGUUCUUAGACUCUUUAGCACAAGCUGUUCAAAGUCAGCAGAAAGAGGCAGAGGCAAAUCUUGCUACCUCCGGUAGGGCACCAGAAAACGCUGUUGAAGCUGCCAAUGAAGAUGAGAAAAGAGAGAAAACUGAUUAUUACAAUGUGGCUCAUAAAAUCAAAGAAGAAGUUACUCAGCAACCGUCAAUUUUAGUGGGUGGAACUUUGAAGGAGUACCAAUUGAAAGGUUUACAAUGGAUGGUUUCCUUGUUCAAUAAUCAUUUGAAUGGUAUUUUGGCAGAUGAAAUGGGAUUGGGAAAAACUAUUCAAACCAUAUCGUUGUUGACUUAUUUGGCAGAAGUAAAGAAAAUCAAUGGUCCGUUUUUAGUUAUUGUUCCGCUUUCAACGGUGACAAAUUGGAAUCUCGAGUUUGAGAAAUGGGCUCCAACGAUGAAGAAAAUUACUUACAAAGGAACUCCGAACCAAAGAAAAUCAAUGCAGCAUGAUAUCAAAACGGGUAAUUUUCAAAUCCUCCUCACCACCUUUGAAUACAUUAUCAAGGACAAGGGUCUUUUAGGAAGAGUGAAAUGGGUACAUAUGAUAAUCGAUGAAGGUCACCGUAUGAAGAACUCAAAUUCGAAACUUUCUGAAACCUUAACCACAAACUAUCACAGUGACUACCGCUUGAUUUUGACGGGUACACCAUUGCAAAAUAACUUGCCAGAGUUGUGGGCAUUAUUGAACUUUGUAUUGCCUAAAAUCUUCAACUCGGUAAAGUCUUUUGAUGAGUGGUUUAAUACCCCGUUUGCAAAUACCGGUGGGCAGGAUAAGAUUGAAUUGAGCGAAGAAGAGACAUUAUUGGUUAUUAGAAGGUUGCAUAAAGUUUUACGGCCGUUCUUGUUGAGAAGAUUGAAAAAGGAUGUUGAAAAGGACUUGCCGAAUAAAGUUGAAAAAGUCGUCAAGUGUAAGAUGUCUUCGCUUCAGUCUAAACUUUACCAACAAAUGUUGCGCUUCAAUGCCUUAUAUGCCGGUGAUCCAAAUGAUGAUAUGGCAGUUGUGCCUAUAAAAAACGCCAAUAAUCAAAUUAUGCAGUUGAAAAAGAUUUGUAAUCAUCCUUUUGUUUACGAAGACGUGGAAAACUUUAUCAACCCCACAGCAGAAAAUAAUGAUCUCAUUUGGAGAGUUGCAGGUAAAUUUGAGUUGUUGGAUAAAGUUUUGCCCAAGUUCAAAGAAACUGGUCACAAGGUGUUGAUUUUCUUCCAAAUGACCCAGGUUAUGGACAUAAUGGAGGACUUUCUUAGGCUUCGUGGGAUGAAGCAUAUGAGGUUAGAUGGAGGUACCAAGGCAGAUGAUCGAACGGAGCUUUUGAAAUUAUUCAAUGCGCCUGAGUCCGAUUACUUUUGUUUUCUUUUAUCGACGAGAGCAGGUGGUUUAGGAUUGAAUUUGCAAACUGCAGAUACAGUCAUCAUUUUUGACACAGACUGGAAUCCACAUCAGGAUUUACAGGCUCAAGAUAGGGCCCAUCGUAUUGGCCAGAAAAAUGAAGUUAGAAUUUUGCGAUUGAUUACAGAGAAUUCAGUCGAGGAGAUGAUUUUAGAAAGAGCCCACGCAAAGUUGGAAAUUGAUGGUAAAGUCAUUCAAGCGGGUAAGUUUGAUAACAAGUCGACAGCCGAAGAGCAGGAGGCAAUGUUGAGAGCUUUGAUUGAAAAGGAAGAUGAACGUCGUACAAAAGGUGUAGAAGAAGAAGAGGAGGAUUUGGAUGACGACGAGUUGAAUGAAAUAAUAGCUCGAAAUGAAUCAGAGCUUGUUAAAUUUAAACAACUUGAUGAAGAGAGAUAUCUUACUACCAAGGAUGCUAGUUACCCAACUAGAUUACUUUCUGAACAAGAGCUUCCACCUAUUUAUAAAAAAGAUCCUGAGGAAGUUCUCAAAAAAGAUGAUAUCUUCACCGAAGACUAUGGUCGUGGAGCAAGAGAAAGAAAGACGACCAAGUAUGAUGAUAAUUUAACCGAGGAACAAUGGUUGAAGCAAAUUGAAGGUGUUGUUUCAGAUGACGACGAUGAUGAUGCAGGUGAUGACGAUGAGGGGGACUUUGACAGUGACAAUGACAUCUAUCAAAGUGGUCGAAGUGCUAGAGGUAAAGGUAAAGGCAAGGGAAGGAAGAGGAAAUUUGGACAAGGUCGUGGCGGGAAAACGCAUAUCUUGGAUAAGGAUGAUGACAGUACAAAUGAGUAUGACAGCUCGAGUAAACGUUCAGCUGACGAAUCUGAUAACAGUGUUGCACCGAAAAGGCAAAAACUUGAUACACCUGAGCCUGGAUCGGGUGUUGCAACAGGGAGAGGUCGCGGUAGAGUGAGAGGUAGAGGACGUGGACGUGGAAGAGGCCGCGGAUCGUUGUUAUCUCGUGCGACUCCAUCGAUAGACCCCUUGUCUCCAGACGAAAGAGCUAUGCUUCAGAACAAUAUUGAAACUCUUUUGGGACUAAUCAUGAACCACAAGAACGAUGAAGGAAGGGCAUUGAGUGACUUGUUUUUAGUUAAGCCAUCGAGAAGAUACUACCCUGACUACUAUGUGUUGAUAAAACACCCAAUAGCCCUCGAUACUAUCAGGAAGAGAGCAAGUGGGCAUACUUAUACCCAGUUAAGAGAAUUCUUGGAAGACAUCCACUUGAUGUUCAGCAAUGCCAAGAUUUAUAAUGAAGAAAGUUCAUUUGUUUAUCAAGAUGCAGCGUUUUUAGAGCAAAUGUGCAUCGACAAACUCAAUGAAUUGUUACCAACAGUGCCAGCAGAAGAAAUGGAGAAGAUUUUAAACUUUUCUGAAUUUGACGAAAUGUUUUUAUAG